AUGUAUUGGUGCCAGAUCGACAAGGUUCGAGCAGGUGUGCUUAUUGGAACAGGCAUGGGUGGCCUGACAGUGUUUUCUGAUAGUGUUCAGGUUCUUAUACAGAAAGGCUAUAGGAAAAUAACUCCAUUUUUUAUUCCUUAUGCCAGACCUAACAUGGUUUCUGCAUUGCUUGCUAUGGAUAUUGGUUUUAUGGGUGUGACUUACUCCAUUUCAGCAGCUUGUGCAACCUCCAAUUGUUGCUUUUAUGCUGCUGUUAACCAUAUUCAUCAAGGUGAGGCUGAUGUAAUGAUUGCUGGUGGUACUGAAGCUGCAAUUAUUCCAAUUGGUGUUGGUGGGUUUGUUGCAUGUAGAGCACUGUCUCAGAGAAAUGAUGAUCCAAAGACUGCAUCAAGGCCAUGGGAUAAAGAUCGAGAUGGUUUUGUUAUGGGUGAAGUUGCUGGAGUGUUGGUUCUGGAGAGUCUUGUACAUGCGAUGAAGCGCGAUGCACCAAUUAUUGCCGAGUGA